AUGGCUACUGCCCCUCCCAAUGACGGGCAAACCCUCGCCCAACGCCGUACCUCGCUCGGAUUCCUGCGUCGUUCCAAAUCCACCGAACCCCUAGGCGAACGCAAAUCGUCCGGUUCGCGCAAGAGAAUGACCAAGACUCAGGCCAUGGAGGAUGAACUGCGGCGCCAGCGCGACUCUUACGCCCCCAAGUCGGCCCCCCGACUGCCCGACCUCUCUCCCGCUCCUGAGUUGGAAACCUUUGGAGGCGAGGAACGUGACAAGUUGGCCAAUCCGAUGCCCCUCCGUCCCCAAUCCGGAUUCGCCGCUUCGCCUUCGAUGACUUCCUCAAUCAACAAUGUGAUCGAUCCCUAUGCGCGCACCGAGAGCAUGACCCAUCGUGGUCGCUACAGCUAUGCUAGCAGUGCUGUCAGUACCGUCAACAGCCCGCGCCGGGUCCGCCGCCGCAAGGACCCCACCUCAUACAAUGUGCUUGUUAUCGGUGCUCGCAACUCUGGCAAGACCGAGUUCCUCAACUUCCUCCGCAAGGCGUUGACCAUGCCCCCGCAUAAGCACCCCUCACGUACCCCUGAAGAGGUGGAUGAGCUCGAACACCAGACCUCGGCCUACGAAGGGUUUACGUCGCAAUACCUGGAGACGGAGUUUGACGGAGAACGCGUCGGACUUACACUGUGGGACUCUGUGGGUCUGGAGCGCAACAUUGCCGAUCUGCAGCUGCGCGCUGUAACGGGCUUCUUGGAGAGCAAGUUUGAGGAGACCCUCGCCGAGGAGAUGAAGGUGAUCCGUUCUCCCGGUGCCCGCGACACCCACAUCCACUGCACAUUCUUGCUGUUGGACCCUGUGCGUCUCGAUGAGAAUAUCGCUGCCGCUGAGCGUGCGACCAAUGGUACAUCUAAAGCCUCUGAUUCGCCUGUUGUUGGUGUGCUUGACCAGAACCUGGAUCUGCAGGUGCUGCGCACGGUGUUGGGCAAAACUACGGUUGUGCCGGUCAUCAGCAAGGCGGACACCAUUACAUCUGCUCACAUGAACUAUCUUCGCAAAGCGGUUUGGAACAGCUUGAAGCAGGCCAACAUUGACCCCCUUGAGAUCCUGACCCUGGAGGACCAGGAGGAAUAUUCUUCGUCGGAGAGCGCAGAUGAAGAGGAGGCCGAGACCAAGUCCCUCGAUGAGACCGAAACCCCCGAAGCGGCUGAAGCUAAAGAAUCAGAGGAGGACAAGGUUCCUUCCUCCCCCUCCCCCAGUCAGAGUACCCGCAAGUCCAGCGGCUCGCAGGCCGCCAACCAGCACGUUCCCUUCUCGAUCUUGUCGCCCGAUCCCCACUCGCUGGCGGCUGGAGACGAACCCGUUGGCCGUCGCUUCCCCUGGGGAUUUGCAGAUCCCUACAACGCCGAGCACUGUGACUUUGUGCGCCUGAAGGACUCUGUCUUCUCUGACUGGCGCUCGGAGCUGCGGGAGGCUAGCCGCGUGAUCUGGUAUGAGCGCUGGAGAACUAACCGACUCAACCGCAACGGACAGCCGGCCCCCCAGAAGCAGAAUUAUGGUCGCAUGGGACCUCAGGGCCGUCGCACGCGCUGA